UCCCCCUAUAUAGUGUUUUAUCUUAUGUGUUCCUGGUGAGUGUCGUCCAUUGAAUGUAAUAUAAUGGUGGAACUAUGCAGCCUGACAGAGAAAUGAUAACAGAAGACAUGAGGUAUUGCAGCGGGAAUAACAUUUCUUCAUUAAUCUGGUUGUUUUUGGCUUCAGGUCUAUUGCUGUAAUGAUUCGUAUGAUAUAAUUUGCUGAGUCUACUGCCGCAGUAUCACUGCCAUCUAGAGGCCAAAAAAAGUAGUCACCAUCCUGUCCAGAGUACACUCAGAUCGGAACGUCUAUCCUUCUUCUGGGGUCCUGUUUGUUCACGUUUUGGAAAGAGAGUACUACAAGGGAGAAUUCCCCCCUUAUCCUAAACCAGGUGAACUAAGCAAUGAUCCGAUCACAUUUAAUACAAAUCUAAUGGGUUAUCCAGAUCGGCCAGGAUGGCUGCGGUAUAUUCAGAGGACACCUUACAGUGACGGGGUGCUCUAUGGGUCUCCGACAUUUGAGAGUGUGGGAAAGCAGACGAUUAUAGAGAUAACCGCCUACAAUAGACGAACAUUUGAGACCGCGAGACAUAACCUUGUCAUCAAUAUCAUGUCAGGGGAAGAUUUUCCACUUCCUUACCAAGCUGAGUUCUUUAUUAGAAAUAUGAACGUAGAAGAAAUGUUAGCCAGUGAAGUUCUGGGAGAUUUUCUCGGAGCCGUGAAAAACAUCUGGCAACCGGAUCGCCUCAAUGCUAUUAAUAUCACGUCAGCACUGGACAGGGGAGGACGGGUACCACUCCCCAUCAACGAUAUGAAAGAAGGUGUCUAUGUAAUGGUCGGAGCGGACGUCCCGUUCUCGUCAUGUCUCCGUGAAGUUGAAAACCCACAGAAUCAGCUGAGGUGCAGCCAAGAGAUGGAACCCGCCAUAAGUUGCGAUAAAAAGUUUCGGGCACAAUUCCACAUAGACUGGUGUAAGAUUUCACUGGUGGAUAAGAAUAAACAAAUACUGAUCACUCAAGAAGUGGCGCGGGGUGAGGGCAUCCUUCCCGACGCAGGGGAGUACAAACCUCCAUCCGAGACACUGAAGAGUCGAGACUAUCGCGCGGACUUCCUCAUCACCCUGGCAGUGCCCUCUGCCGUUGCCCUGGUGAUGUUUGCCAUACUGGGUUACAUCAUGUGCUGUCGGAGGGAAGGAAUGGAAAAGAGAAACAUGCAAACACCAGACAUCCAACUAGUUCACCACAGCGCCAUCCAGAAAUCCACCAAAGAGCUCCGCGACAUGUCUAAAAACAGAGAAAUCGCUUGGCCCCUCUCCACACUUCCGGUAUUUCAUCCAGUAACCGGGGAAAUGGUGCCCCCUCUGCACGCAGACACGUAUGACAACACCAACAUGCCCCUGAUGCAGACACAACAGACAUUACCGCAUCAGACUCAGAUACCGCAACAGCAGAAUCCAGGAGAAUUCCGUAUGACAACCUUUCAGAGAUUUGAGGUCAAUGGUAUACCUGAGGAGCGGAAACUCACCGAGGCCAUGAAUUUAUAGGACAGACAUGGACAGAACAGAAGCCUCUUCAUUUUAUCUCCAGACUUGUAGCUUUUCAUUGACGUAACCUGCAUGAAGCUUUUGGCCUCUUCCAUCUACAGGAUUAUAUUUAAUUCAAAAAGUUCUUGGUUUUACUUUUUUUUUUGUUUUUUACUCAAAAUUUUUGUAUGAAUUUUUUUUUACUGUUACUGUAAUACCAGAGCACUUAAUGGUUACAGUGAAAACCGGCAGCGCCAGAGGAAGGUCCGGUACCAGCAGGAGCAGCAGAAACCAGCGGAUCAUACAAUCUGGAAACAUUCUGGGAAAACUUAUGUAUAAAAAGCAGCAAUAAGAAUCUAAAAGAAAACCCACUAUUCUGUGCAAGAGUGACGGACUAAGACAGGUAUCACCCGUCUGAAUGGCGAAAUGUUUAUAUAUAAAAUGAUAAUAAAGUGAUUUUACAACAUUA